AUGUUGGCCGCCUCGUAUGGGCUCAAGACGCGAAUCAUCGACAAGAGACCGACGAAGCUAUUGGCAGGUCAUGGCGAUGGUCUGCAUGCACGAGGGAUGGAGCUGAUGGCCAGUUUUGGGCUGGCGAGCAAAAUCAUGGACACGAACGUGGAAUUUAAUGCUUCGCAGAUCUGGAACGGGCUCAUGCACGUACAACAAGUGGGCGACAUGGAGAUGCCCAGUCACUACCGGACACAAGCCCUAUCGCAAGCUCGAAUUUCGGACCUGAUGCUGGACUUUAUCCACCAGGCCUCGACCAUUCAAGUUGAAAGAGGUCAGAGAACGGAAGCUGAUAGCGCCAAUGACAUCCACUUGGACGACGAUGAGGCGAUCCUGUCCGAGAGCCAAAAGGCUGGCGCAUCCUCAGAAACCAUCCAGGCGAAGUACAUCAUCGGUUGCGACGGGGCUCAUAGCUGGACGCGAAAAGAGGUCGGAAUCAACAUGACGGCUGAGGAUACAGAUGUAUUCUGGGGAAUCCUGGACGUGAUUCCAAACACGGACUUUCCAAUGCCCCGAUUCAUCAACGUGGUGACGACUGGGAAAGGAGGCUUGUUCUGGAUUCCCCGCGAGAACGGCAUGGUUCGCGUCUACACUGCCCUCGCAGCCUUGAAACCCGAGGCUGGCCAGCAGUUCCGCUCUCGCGUCACACCCGAGUAUAUCUUGAAGCAGGUCCAAGAGCAGCUCGCGCCGUACAAGUUUACUUAUACGUACUGCGCGUGGUGGGUCGUCUACCAGAUCGGUCGCAGCAUCGCACGUCAGAACACCGUCGACAAUCGCAUCUUCCUCGCCGGAGACGCCGUGCACACCCACUCGCCGCAUGCCGGUCAGGGCAUGAUGGCUUCGAUGCUCGACGCCCACAACUUGGUGUGGAAGCUGGCCCUGGUGACCAAGGGACUGGCCGACCCGGACAAGAUUCUCCCGACCUACGAGGCCGAGCGACUCGGCGCGGGUCAGGCCCUGGUGGAUUUUGAUCGCAAAUACGCCGCCACCAUGACGGGGAGCACGUUGCCCGAAUCCUUUUCCGAAUCUGCGACGACCGAGGUGCAGGCGCCCAAACUCCACCAGGCUGCGUUCCUCGUCUUCCACAAUCUGCAGUUGAUCAACCCACCGGGCAUCCUCACCCGUACCACAUUGGACGCGAUUGCCCAGGCCAAAAAAUCUAUCAACGAAGGACAACUCCCUCCAGGCGUCGUGACCGGGAUGCGGAUGCCCAGCCACCAAGUCCGGGACCACUUCAGAAGCCACCUCGUCUGGUUCGGCGAUCGAUUCAGGAGCGGCGGCCGAUUCCGUGUCAUUGUCUUCGCCGGGGAUCUGCCCCAGGCCACAGCGAUGACGAGAUAUCGAGACCUGGGCUCGAACCUCUCACGGCUGACGAAGAAGUACGCUCCCACGACCUUGUCGGGCACGAGGAACGACAGUGUCAUCGCUCCUUUAACCCUACAUACGGCAAAUCCACGCACACUCAAUUAUACCGACCUGCCUGCCGUGUUUACUUCUUGUGACGAGACACUGGGGUACGUCUAUGAUACGCUGUAUUACGACGGGGCUGGCAAUGACAAGCAUGACCCCCCUGCUGGUUCGGCGUAUUCAGCAUACAACGUCGAUCCUGUGCAAGGGCGACUGGUCAUCGUGCGACCUGACGGCUACGUUGGUUAUCAGGGCCCAGUCGAGGCGUGGGAACCCGCGGAGGAGUACUUUUCCGGGUUUUUGCUGCCUGCUCAUUAG